AUGACAUGCCCGGCAGAGAAAUAUCGUUUCCUUGAGCUCGAUCUAUCAUCGCUGGCGGCAGUCAGAACAGCUGCUGAAGAGGUCAAGGCAUACUCCGACGUACCGAACAUAGACAUUGUCAUUUGCAAUGCUGGGGUUAUGUGGCUUCCACAACGAGAGCUAUCGAAGGAUGGAGUCGAAAUGCAAUUCGCUACAAAUCACCUGGGCCAUUUCCUCUUUGUCAACCUCAUUGUGGCGAAGCUUAUUGCCGCUGCCACGGCUUCCUCACCCGGCGGCGUGCGGAUUAUCAACGUGUCGUCCUCAGGUGCCCAAUUCUCACCGGUGCGGUUUUCUGACAUCAACUUCACCAAAGCACAAGCGGACAUACCUGAGGGCGAGCGGGCAAACCUCGAGCUGAUGAAAGCCUACGGGAUGCCAGCAGAAGGCAUAUACAACCCGAUUACGGCGUACGGGCAGUCUAAAACGGCCAACGCCUUGUUUUCAUUUGAGCUCACCCGUCACUUGUUCGAUAAGUGUAAGAUCAAAUCAUUUACCUUGCACCCGGGCGGGAUUCUCACAGAUCUAUGGAGGUAUACAGACAAUGACCUUGUUCAACAAUUGGUGGCAGGCCAAGAAGUCGCAGGUGGGUUCAAGAGACUGAAACAAGGCUGUUCCACGACGCUUGUUGCUGCGCUUGACCCAAACUUGCCCGAAACUACAUCCGGCGGGGCCAAUUUAUUCUUGGAUGACUGCCAAUUUAUCGAGAUUACUCCUUGGGCAAAGGAUGCUGGAAGCGCAGAGCAAUUAUGGCAACUAAGUGAGAACUUGGUUGGGCAGAAAUUUACGAGUACGAGGGACAGUGAAGUGUAA